AUGGCCUCGAUUCCUUGCAAAACCCAUCUCUCCCUCCUCUCUUUCUUCACUCUAAUCCUUCUUGUUCAAGCAAAACUGUAUCUCAACAGUUCCGAUCACCUAGCUCUGCCAAUCAUUCUAAAGGACUUGGGCAUCAAUGGCCACCGUCGAGCUCUAGAGAGCCCAUGCAACUCCGCCGGAGGAGUAUUCUGUGAGCGAAGAAUUUCCAACAAUACAUUCAUGCUCAGAGUCACACGCAUCGUUUUUCAAUCCCAACGGCUCAGAGGAGUUUUAUCCCCAGCAAUUGGAAGAUUGUCGGAGCUCAAAGAACUCUCUCUUCCUAAUAAUCAACUCGGUGACAAAAUCCCAUCUCAAAUAGCUGAUUGCCGGAAAUUAGAAAUUCUAAACCUCCAAAACAACCGGUUUUCCAGCGGAGUUCCGUCUGAGUUUUCAUCAUUAAUCCGUCUUCGAGUACUCGACCUCUCUUCUAAUAAGUUUUCCGGGAAUUUGAAUUUCUUGAAAUAUUUUUCCAACCUGGAAAAACUUUCACUUGCCGACAACAUGUUCACUGGAAAACUGCCCCCAUCGUUGAAAUCUUUUCGCAAUCUCCGUUUCUUUAACGUCUCUGGUAAUAGAUUCCUCGAAGGUCCAGUGUUAGAAUUGAACCAAAUCGAGUAUUCAGCGCAAGGGUUGCCAAGAAAGAACACUGUUCCAAAACGUUUCAUUUUAGUAGAGAACAAGACAGGAAGCAAUCAAACGUCACCUUCUUCGAGUAAGAACUCAAGUUCAAACGUCGCUCCAGCUCCAGCUCCUUCACCCACCUCAUCAACAACGCAUAAUCACAAGAAGAACAAGAAAAAGGUUGCAGCAAUGAUUCUUGGAUUCAUGACUGGAGCAGUAGCAGGAAGUGUAUCUGGGUUGGUGUUUUCAGUGCUUUUCAAGAUACUUUUAGUUUUGAUAAAGGGUAGAGAGAAGCAACCUGGUCCAGCAAUCUAUAGUCCUUUGAUCAAGAAACCCGAGGACUUAGCUUUCCUGGAGAAAGAAGAUGGACUGUCAUCCCUUGAAAUCAUUGGAAGAGGAGGGUCCGGUGAAGUUUACAGGGCUGAAUUACCAGGAAGUAAUGGGAAGAUGAUCGCCAUCAAGAAGAUAAUUCAACCCACCAUGGAUGCUACUGAGCUAACUGAAGAAGACAGCAAACUUCUGAACAAGAAAAUGCGUCAGAUCAAAUCAGAAAUUCAAACUGUGGGUCAGAUUCGACACCGGAAUCUUCUUCCUCUAUUAGCACAUGUUCCCCGACCGGAGUGUCAUUACCUAGUCUAUGAAUACAUGAAGAACGGUAGCUUACAAGAUUUGCUGCAACAGGUUUCGAUUGGUAAUGGAAACCUGGACUGGUUGGCCAGGCACAGGAUUGCUCUAGGGGUAGCUGCCGGACUUGAGUAUCUCCACAUGCACCAUACUCCAAGGAUAAUUCACAGAGAUCUGAAACCUGCAAACAUUCUUCUCGACGACGACAUGGAAGCUCGGAUUGCAGAUUUUGGGUUUGCGAAGGCUGUCCCGGAUGCUAAUACACAUGUUACGACUUCAAAUGUGGCCGGAACUGUGGGAUACAUCGCACCGGAGUAUCCACAGACGUUCAAGUUCACGGACAAGUGUGAUAUAUACAGCUUCGGAGUGGUGCUGGGGGUUUUGGUGAUGGGAAAGCUUCCAUCUGAUGAGUUUUUUCAGCACACAUCAGAGAUGAGUUUGGUGAAGUGGAUGAGAAAUGUGAUGAUUUCUGAGGAACCCAAUAGAGCAAUUGAUCCUAAGCUGAUGGGGACUGGUUAUGAAGAACAGAUGCUUCUGGCUCUUAAGAUUGCUUGCUUUUGCACCCUUGAUAAUCCAAAAGAGAGGCCUAAUAGUAAGGAUGUUAGGUGCAUGCUGUCUCAGAUCAAACAUUAG